AAGCGCGGGUCCUCGCCCCCGUCCGCCCCUUCUUGCCUCCGCUGAGGUGUCUUCAUAAAAUGCCCGUGCAAAACCCCCUCUUUUUUCGGCCCGCUCCCAAGAUGGCGUCGAUGCGGGAGAGCGACACCGGCCUGUGGCUGCACAACAAGCUGGGCUCCACGGACGAGCUGUGGGCGCCCCCCAGCAUCGCCUCGCUGCUCACGGCCUCGGUCAUCGACAACAUCCGCCUCUGCUUCCACGGCCUCUCGUCGCCCGUCAAGCUCAAGCUGCUGCUGGGGAUGCUGCACCUGCCCCGCCGCGCCGUGGACGAGAUGAAAGGUGCACUGACUGAAAUUAUCCAGCUCGCUACCUUGGAUUCAGACCCCUGGGUCUUAAUGGUAGCUGAUAUUUUAAAAUCCUUUCCAGAUACUGGCUCCCUUAACCUUGAUCUUGAAGAACAGAAUCCCAAUGUUCAAGAUAUUUUAGGAGAACUUAGAGAAAAAGUAAGCGAAUGUGAAACUUCAGCUAUGUUGCCGUUGGAAUGCCAGUACUUAAACAAAAAUGCCUUGACAACACUUGCUGGGCCACUUACUCCCCCAGUGAAACAUUUCCAGCUGAAAAGGAAACCCAAAAGCGCCACUCUUCGAGCAGAACUCUUGCAGAAGUCAACCGAAACAGCACAACAACUCAAGAAGACUGCAGGAGUGCCUUUCCAUGCCAAAGGGAGAGGGCUGGUCAAAAAAAUAGAUACAACAACACCACUCAAAGGAAUACCAAAACAAGCUCCAUUCAGGAGUCCCACAACACCUAGUGUAUUUAGCCCCUCUGGAAACAGAACCCCUAUUCCUCCUUCAAGAACACCUCUGCGCAAAGAAAGAGGAGUAAAGUUACUAGAUAUCUCAGAGCUGGACAUGGUUGGCGCUGGCCGUGAAGCAAAGCGAAGAAGAAAGACUCUAGAUGCAGAAGUGGUGGAAAAGCAAGCCAAAGAGGAAACAGUAGUGGAAAAUGCUACUCCAGAUUAUGCAGCUGGCCUUGUAUCUACACAGAAACUUGGCUCUUUGAACAAUGAGCCAGCUCUACCUUCUACAAGCUAUUUGCCUGCUACCCCCAGUGUGGUGCCAUCCUCUUCCUAUAUCCCAAGCUCAGAAACACAGCCAGCAGCUGGCUCUACUCGGGAGGUCUUGCAGACUAACAGGCAGCCAGAAGAGCCUACAACUCCAAGCACUACUACUCUUCCUGCUCAGUUCAAACAGAGAACCCCUAUGUACAAUAGUAACUCUAACCCACCUGCAACUACACCUACCUCACCCCUAACACCUACAACGCCUCCAGCUAUUUCCCCUGCUGCACAAACACCACAAGUGACCCCCCAAACUCAGCAGCAGCCACCACCCAAGAAAAGUCUCUCACUCACGAGGGAGCAGAUGUACGCUGCACAGGAAAUGUUCAAGACUGCAAAUAAAGUUACAAGGCCAGAAAAGGCUCUCAUACUUGGAUUCAUGGCAGGAUCCAGAGAGAAUCCUUGCCAAGAGCAAGGUGACAUCAUUCAGAUCAAACUCAGCGAGCACACAGAAGUGUUACCGAAGGCAGAUGGCACUGGUAGCACUACCAUGUUAGUCGAUACGGUUUUUGAGAUGAACUAUGCUACUGGCCAGUGGACCAGACUAAAGAAGUACAAACCUAUAACUAAUGUCUCCUAAGGAAUUCAGCAACACCAAACUGCGGACCAAAUCGAGCUUAGGAUCAGCCAGCUCACCUAGUGUCAGCUGUAUAAAAUGGCAUUCGUGUGUAGGCUUCUUACCUUCCAGAACAGAAGUUGUGGCUCUUCAAACUAACUGGGCUCAGGUGAAUGCAGCGUGAAGAUGGUGUCAGACUGACAGAUUUUGUUGUUGUUGUUGUUUUGUUUGGGUUUUCUUAGUUGUUUUAAAGAGGUGGGGGAAGUUAACAUUUUAUUCUGUGAUUCAAGAUGCUGGAAAGAGAUCACAGCUGAAUGCUUGUUUUUUCAGAUUGGGAGCAGUUUACUUCCAGGCACCUGGGGAAAGAACUACUGCAGAAUUUACUUGCAGUUUACCUUUACACAAGGGCACAGAUUUUACUGCAGAAAUAUUUACUUGGGUUCCAUGUAAAAAAUGGAUAGUUAAAACUGCAGUUGUCUUCAGUAAUUCCUGUAACUCAGUUGCAGUAAGUCUAACUGUUGCAACGGUAGAUAUUCAGUGUCCAGAGGCUCUUAAUAUGUUUUGGCUUAUUUUUUGCCAGGGUCAUAGAGUGGGUUUGAGAGAGAUUUUUCUUGUUAACCUUGCUAUAUUGUCAAUGUUAAUGCCCAGCAUGAGUUAAUCCAUGUUUGGCAUAAAUCAGCAGAGAUCAAGAAAAAUUGAAUAUCACCUUCUGUUAAGGAAAAAUGACCAUUUCCUGUCAUGUCAAAUUUAAGAUUGCCAAAAAAAACCCCAACUUGUGGGCUGUCUGGGGGUGUUUGGUGUCUGCUGCCAGGUGAAGCUCGAGAAGAAGUUUAACAUGGCUUUUCUACAGCAGGCCCUUCAGACAGCAUCCCAGUCCUGGAGAGUGCCCGUAGGGACCAGUUGAAUGUUACUACAGAUUUUAAAAAACUGAUCCUUCCAGCAGCAAAGCAAGCAACUGUGAAUGUAGAAGGCUGAGAAGAUUCUCAUUUCUUUUAGUGCACGUGUGACUAAGCAGUCACUGGGCACUUGAUGACCCGAGUCCUAUCUAAACAUGCUUUUCAUACCAGUAUAACUGUGUUAAGUGGCUUUUGUUUUCCACCAAUACAGUUAUAAACUGCCACUCCUUGGGUGGCCAGUUACACUCUCAUAAAGAUACCUUUUACUGCUAUAGCUCUAUUGCCUUCGUGUACAGGAAUACAUCAUUUCGGUGCAAGUGUAAUUACACUGAUACAAGUAUGUCCACCCACAGAGGUUAUAGCUCUGCUGUUUACACAAAUAGUUCAAUUUUAUUUGCAUUGAAAGAACUUCAGGGUUUAGCCCUUACUGGAGACUUGCAAAAAGUUCAGUUUCAUCAGUGCACUUUUGGGGUUGCACUUAAGAGUAUGACGCUCAGGAGGGAGAAGUACAAAGGUAAAUCGUGAAGCAUCUGUGUGGGACUGAGCAGGAGGGGCCUGUGCUAUCUCCAGGCUGACAUAAAAGUAAAACAUUAAUCUGAUUCUUAAGACAAAACCACGCAACCUUUUCCUAAGAGGAAAGCAAACAGCAUCCCCAAAGUGAUAGCUCUGCCUGCUAACAAGGCUUUUAGCCAUUUCAGGCUUUUUUUUAUAGUGGACGUUUUUAUUUUCAAAUUCUCAAACAAAGGGGAGAGUGUUUAAUAUGUGUGCUUUUAUUUACAACAUAUGUGACCAAAAUUUUUGCGCUCUUAAUUUUGUUUGAGCAGAUUUUUCAGAACAUCUCGCUUUAUGUUCUGACAGGGAAGCUGAGUUCUGGUGAGAACGGUACGGAGCUCAUUGCCAUUAAGGAGUCGGUACUUGUAUCUGCGCGAGAACUGUGCAGUGCAGCCCUACCUAAUUGCCCCACUUCAGCAGAGAUGUAGAUUGCUGCUUUUUUCCCAAAUUGUUACAAGUCAGUCAACAGAUAAUAGAAGCAAGCUACAAUGAGUAUGGUGGGUUUUAGUUACUAGACUGAGUUCUCUAUAGGAUGCAGUUGCACGGUAGCUCUAAGUUCUUUGACUUAAUACCAUUACACACAAAGGGCUAACGUCAGAAUACGAAAGAAGCGUUCAUCUUUUAAAAAUGCUGUAAGGAAGAACUGAUAUUCCCUUUUGCAUUUGCUGUCAGAUUUUAAUGCACCAUUUUUGUAAUAAGUUUUCUAUAAAAUAAGCCAGUCGGACCUUUCAGUCUGCUGCUGCUGCUUUGAUAAGUAGGUUUUGGACUUAAGGUACAGGAUUUUUAGGGGACUGCACAACUUGUGGGAUGUCCUCAUCCUGAAUUGUUGGUUCAAAAUUCAGUCCAGUGUGGCAGCAUUUAGUAGUGUGCCAUCAGAUAGCUCCUAUCUGAUAUGUGAAAUGAGUGGGAGGGCUCAGGCAAUAGCUAAUGGACAGAUGCUUUCCCCCCAGUUUCAGCUGUCAGCACGGAGGUGCUCCCUUCCCUCCUCUCGAAGUGCUUUUGGAAUCGGAGAAUAAAAUAAAGAACGAGGAAAGUGUCCACUGGUUGCUCCUUCACAGUGUGGAUGGACACACUUCAGUCUCCAGGCCUCUUUGUCACAAACUAGUCUGCAAUAGAAAAUUUCUUUUUGACUGCAGUUUAACUUUAUCUGGACUGCUAUUGCUAGAAUCAAGACGAGAACACUCCUACAGCAAUUUGCUUUUAAAUAAAAAAAGGCAAAAGCAGACUCCUCUUGGCUGAGUCUGGCCAUGAGCACCAAAAUAUUUCAACUUGCUCUGUGUAUCUUGAUGUAUUUUAAAUUAACUUUCUGAGGAAAGAGUUUCCAUUUCAAUGCUUUAGGACAAUUACACUGGUAAAAAAACCUAACUAUAGGUAAACCCAUGGCUCAUAAAUUGAAAGUACUGAGCCAGCAGUUAAGUAAAAGGGAUAGUGCCAGGUGGUUCAGGAGAGCACAAAGCAAACACUUGAAUUCCAGUAUGUUAUUUAGGGCUUGAAUAGGUGGUAGUAGGAUACAAAACAAACUUGACCCCUUGAGCUUGAUAUUUUUUGUCUUAAGUAUUCAGUCAUUUAAGAUGCUUGCUGGAUUCUGUACGUGAGAUUCAAAGGUGAAUUGCAAAGUUCAGUGAAAAUAGUUAACACCAGAAUGAUGCUCCAGUGGCCUGGUAACACGGUGUAGAAGGCACGCAGAUGGUUCAGAGCUAACCUUUUUUCUCUGUUGCCUCCUUUUCUUCUCACUCUGCACAAGAACAGCAUUGUAGCAAACAGCCCAGACUGUGUGCGCAUGGGGGGAAAGAGCAUCCCAGCAAAUUCCAUCUUGCAGAGAGCAAAGGGAAACCCGAGGAAAAAGUUGUGAAAGCCCUUCCCAGCUUUGCUAUGGAGGAGCCAAUAAGCUCAUAAAUCUGGGAGUAACCGGAAGAAUUGGCUUUAUCUCGGAAUUGUGAAGUACAGAAGGGUGUGACUUCCCAGCCCCCACCUUCCAUCUCUUGCUUUCCAUAAGGAAGAAAGACUUGCUGCCUUACAGGCUUCUUUCUAGUUGCUGGUCCCCCCCACAUCAGAGCACCGAGUCUCUUUGAGCUCCAGGUUAGCCUUUUUCCUUGCAAGCAGGUGGGACCAGCAGUGGUGAGAGGAUGGAAUCGAGUGGAUGAGGCCUUGUAGGGCUCCCUGGUCAGGAGUUGUGGUUAAAGUCCCACCGCCCCCUUAGCCAAAAACAUUUUUUCCCUAUGAUCAUAGACUCUGGUAAUCCCCAUGCAGUCAUCCAAGACUGGCUUUGUUAGGGUGACUAGCAUGGUAGCAUAAGGCUAGUGCCCUAAGGGUUAACUUGAUUUUUAUUUGUGGCUUUACCAUUAAAUAAGAUGCUAGACAUGACUGGGGAAAAUCAGCUUUUGAGUAGUUACUACUAAAAAAUACCCCAUGAGAAAUUUGCUAAUUUCUCCCACUGAAGCAUGUCCAAAUGAGUUAAACCACUGACUGACCUAGCCGACAAACUUGAUACUUUGACAUUGUGUAGCUUGAGGUUGGAUUGCAUUUUCAUAGCAAGAUCGGACUGG